AUGCAGCCCAUGGCCAUGGUUCUCUUUCCUGAAGCUCAGAAAAGAGCCCAAGAGGAAAUCGGUUCGAUCAUCGGCAACGGCCUACUUCCAGAAUGGAAUGAUCGCAAGGAUCUGCCUUAUAUUCAUGAGAAAAAGACUUUGACAGACCAACCAGGGGUACCGAGUACGCCGAGUGCUGCUGUCCCUCACUCGGACAAGGAAGACGAUGUUUAUAACGGCAUGGUCAUUUCGAAGAGGUCCAUGGGAUUCACUAUCAAUCCUACGCGAGACUUUGGGGGUGCUAUCGUGCCCAUCAACCGCGAUGCCGUGACGCCGGGUCUGAUUGUGAGGCCCGAGGAUUUUGAGUCACAAGCAAGUCAUCAUGGAUCUUUGGUCAAAGGCAGAAAGCACCUGGACUCGGAGGGCAACUUUACGCCCGAGUUUAUCGACUCAGUAUUUGGCAAAGAAAAGUAG